AUGAGUUCUCGAACAAGUCUACGCUCAAUCCUGCGCGGUUGGUUUGCGACGGACAAGUAUUCUGACACUGACUCAGAACCGGAUGUCCGUAUAGAAUCAGUUAGAGGUGAGUGUCCUCUACCAGACCGAAAUCACCGGCGACACAGAAGGGAAAGGAAUAAUCCAUUUGGGUUGCCCAAGAAGCGAACUUAUUGCAGUCAUUGCCACGGUACUAAUGGUUACGGAGACAAUGAUUUUUCCAGGCGAGUUGAGGCAAAAAAGAAAAGAAGUCACAAGGAUCAACACGCGUCAGGCGGGCAGCAGCAUCGUCUUAGUGAGCAAUCGAAGCCUCUGCCUGUGGUUCCACGUCAACGGCGUCCCCCACCAGCAAGAGGCCAACGGACUCCAUCAGAGGAUACAUCCCUGCAAAGGGAGGGCCACAAUCAGAAACAGAGACAUAAACGCAGCAAUGUUGUUGAUACCCGAUUAAUAAACGCGUCAAAGCAGCAGCUGAGCCAGAAGAAGCAUGGUAUACAUACUAUCUAUCAACAGGAUCAGGAUCAGGCACUGGACCAGGGGAGCAACGAAGCCAUCUUCCUCUCCGACGACCGCUCAAUGAACCGCGAGGCCGUAUCAGAGGUAGUCGACAUGAUAGCCCAGCGCUUUAGCCACAUCCCCUACGCCGUUAGCGGUCUCGCGGCCAUGGUCUACUACGGCUACGAGGCGAGGCCGUACAGAGUGAGCAUCGUGUGUCCCGAGCACACGCGCGAGAACCAAAAGUGCUGGGCCAGGGCGCAGGGCAUGAUCCCCAUCCCGCGCCAGCGACACGUCUGGGGCGUCGCGACCUCUGACGGCAUCCUCCAGCAGAUCCGCGUGAGGUUUCCCUACGAUUUCAACGAGAUGCAUGCCCUAAAAAUAGGCACCGCUGGCAGCCUCCCCGUCUCCAUGUUGUCGCUAGCGGGGCUGGCUGAUGAGCUUGCGAGGACCUAUGUUAAUGAGCUCAAGCACUCGGACCACGACAGGCAGGAGAAUCUGGCACACGAGAUGAUCUGGAUCCUCAAGAGAAUCAUCCAGUGCAGAUUACCUGAGCAUGCCCUGCGGCCCGAGAGGAUACCGCACCUUAUCAGGGAGACGUUCUGGCUGCCCUUUACGCUAUCCUAUCCAGAAACGGUGCCUCUAUUUGCAAAGGCGGGAUGGAGCAUUCCCGACGAGGGAUGGCAUUGAGAUGAACUGAGCUGAGAUGACAUGCGAUGAAUGAGACUGAGCGACAUGGGAAUGAUUUGGAGUUUCGGGCUACGGAGGCACAGUACGACACGACACGACACGACACGGCACACAGCAUGGAUAUGGGAUAUGGAUCUGGAUUUGGAUUAUGGUUACGCUUAUGGGGUUAAAGUUUGGUUACAGCUACGCAUCACAUGAUACCCUAGAUAGAUGUUUUUUUUUAUUUAUUUCCUUCGUUUCUAAUGAUAAGACGACAAAGAAUGUAGACUGAGAGAUUUAUUUUCUAUCACAAGUUUAGAGAUUAGGCAAUUUAUUCACAUCCCAAAACAGCAAUAGUACUUCGCAAAAAUAUCUUUAUUUGUGAGAGCAAUCCAGUAUCCCCAUGUAGCCAUACUCAGCUUCUCUGGCUGUUGGUGUUUCCAAGGCCAUCUCUGCCCAUUAUUCCGAAAACGAACCUCUCUACUCCCAAACUCCAAUCUCAAGAAGUGACCCAAGCGAUCUCAGUUACGGGACUUCCACGCCUUGACUACAUGGCCGACGGUGAACUCUCCGUAGUUCUUGAUAUAGCUCAAGUGUACGGAGAGAUCCUUACCACCGGCCUCGCAGUACGGGUCGCCCUUGUCGCAGAUGGAGACGGUCUUGCUAGCGAUGGCAUUGCAGCCGAUGGGAAGUUUACGUGGGAAGAUCUGGAAGAUGUCAGCUGUGUUCAUGAUGUGUUUGCCAGUUAAUACUUACACCACUGCCUUCACUCGUUCCGACAAGGAAUGGCUGCCCUUCGGUGAGACUUGGAUCACCCAUGGCAAUGAUGGCGGCAACUGUCAAAGGCUGGCUGAGAAAGGGUGCCGGGAAAACCUUCGGAGCUGGCACCACACAUCGUGUCCAUGGUAACGUGCGCUCCCUAAGAAUCGUUAACAUUAUCCACAAGAUCAAAGAUGGGAACUUACCUGAGAGUAUCCCAUGAGGAUAAGGUCGGUAUCCGGGCAGUUCUUGACAUAGUUGUGGAUCACCGAGGUCAUGGUUCGAACACCCUCAGUUUGGGACUCGACAUACUCAGCAUACAGGGCAGGAUAGACGAGGGCCUCCAUGUCAGACCCAGGGAUAAGCUUGAGGAUUUCCUCAGCGAGGACCCCCAUCGCACCAGGGCCCUGAGGCUCGAGGCUGCCGCGGGCAACGACGAGAUGAGCGCCAUUGGCGCAGGUGAUAGCGUUGGCAGUGGUGUUGGCUGUAGCCAGAGCCAGGAGGAGGCUCACGAUGAGCAUGAAGGCAAUCAUGGUGAUGAUAUUGCUGAUAAGAAUUCUGGUAGAUGUAAUCAGAAUGAAGUCUAUGAAGGUAUAAUGAAGAAGUGAUCACUUUAUGUGUAGUUGUUGGUUGUGAUCAGGUUUGA